GUCCUUUCUGUCUGAGUUUUCAUCCAAAUAUUAUUUAUCUAUAGCUGGUCAAGUCUUCACACUGAAACUGUAUAUUAACUGUAUUAUAAUAUAACUACACUAACACAAACGACAGAUUUUGAUUAUCUGCAACUGAUCUGAAAUUAAUCUCCAACAAGGCAGUGAGUGCGAGGCUGACAUUUCCUGUCUGCGUCUCAACAGACUCAGAACACAACAAGUACAGCAAAAGCAUGAGAAGAAAAGAGUGAAGGCUGCCUGUCUGGUAGCACAGAAUGAUGUGGAAACAGAUGAGGAUUUUCCUUCAUCAUGAGUCUGAAGACUGACGCAUUUUACUCGACUGAUACUUAAAAUGUUAAAAGUACAUUAUUGUACAAAUACUCCUUUCAGCCGAGUUCUCUGCUCAACCUUAAGCUCACCGCACUUCUCGUUCUUACAUUUUCUCGUUUGUUCAACCUGGAGAACUUUAUGCUGUUCAAUGACCAUCAGAAUCCACGCACUUAAAAUAACAAUGCGUGUCGUUCAUAAUGCGAGCGCACAGAAAAGUAACCUUCGCUUUACGCAGACAGACUGGUUUACUGAAAACAAACGAGGACAGAAAAAGUCAUGCACACGUAGUUUCUGAUGCUUUCGCUUUCUGUGUGGGGUAUAAAAGCAGCAGCAGGCAGCCACAGCCCCAGUGUCUCCUGCAGCCUGAUGUCGGGUUUGAAAGCACAGAGGAGUUAAGUGAAAAGCCAGACGAUGUCUUCACUGAACACAGAAGGACAGGAGCCUGCAGAGCUUUUGAACUUUCUCUCCAAACUUGGGCUGAAGACAUUUUAUCCCAACAAGCUCACUCUUCGGUCUCUCUUGGAGAUCAACAAAAACAACAUCUCUGAUGAAGCCGUCCAGUCACUGGAGGACAUACCAUGGUGCUUCCUCAGAGAACUGCUUAAAAUCAAUGCAGAUUGCCGGAGCAUCAUACAAUUAUCAACCAAUCAGGAGGAAGGUGGUGAUCUCUUUGACCUGGAUCAUGACACUGAUGAUGACUCCACAGAAGAUAAUGAAGUUAACCCUGUAGACCUCAUCACAGCACUCUUCCUUUGUGCUGACAGCUUCUUGCAACAGGAAAUGGCCCUCAAGAUGUCAAUGUGCCAGUUUCCUGUCCCACUGCUGUUGCCCCAUAGCAAUAACAGUCAGUGUGCCCUGAUGUUAGGGGCUCUGAGAGACAUCGUCAAAGAGUGGCGUCCACAUCGCUUGGCUGAAUCAAGAGGGUUUGUUGAAGCCAGCAUUGUCCAAGCACAAAUACCAUUCUACUGUUUUGUGAGGCUGAAAAACUGUAGUUUAUCCAAGUCCCAGAUUUUGAAUCAUAUUCUCAGUCGUGGCCAGCAGAAUAACAACAUGUUCAUACACAGAGAUAUGAAAGAAGGAGCACAUGAAAGAGAAAUUGCCAAUGGGUUGGCAGAGGUUUGCUGGUAUCUUCCCUGUGGCAAUGAAAAUCUUGACGUAUUUCCAGAGCCAGUUGCCUUUGCCAAUCUGAGAGGAGACAUUGGUCAGCCACACACACAGUUCACUUUUCUUUUUCAAGUGUCAACUGCUACCUUUGUAUUCCUGGACAAAGUCGAAGAAGAUGAGCAAAAGAUUCUGACUUUUCUUCAAGAUGUGAAAUCCAAACUGUUCUUGGUUGUUAACCAGAAGGCAGAGAGUACUAAAGAGGACAUGAUGUCUGUCAAGACAGCACUGAAGGAACUGGAUUUACCAAAGACCAGUGUGAAAGUCAAAGACACAAGAGGAAAUGUUGCAAGGUUUUCAGAUAAACUUUGCUCAGCCAUCAAGACAUCUCUGUCUGAUGUAAAAACCACAUUAAGCAUUGAAAACAUGCUUGAGAAAGCUGUUGAACUUGGUCUGUCUGUGGAUGAAGGCAAAACUGACAAACAAAAGAAAGUUGCUGAGGAGAUCAUGGAUGACAUGGAAAGUAUACCAGACUACAAAAAACAACAACUUCCUUUGCAAGGCGAAAACUGGAAAAAGUUCUCACAGUUAGAGAAGCAGGAAUGUAGGAUGAAAGAUGCUGGAGAGUCAGGCCUCGAAGAGUAUAAAUCUAAUCUACGGGCAACAAACAAAAAAAUUAGGGAGGAGCAACACGAACAGAAACUGUCCAAAGGAAUGGAGAGUUUUAUUGAAGCCUUAUUGACAAGUGACAAAGAGGAAAGAGAUGUUUUCCUUAAGAUGAUGAAAUUCAAGCUUGAUGCACACUCUCGGGACAAACUUAGUGAGCUGCGUAAUGAAUUUAAAGAGCAAUGCAAGAAAAAUGAUGUAAAACGUGUUGCAGAGUUGAAUCAGGAUUUGCUGGACAGCUCUUUAGGAGUAGAGCACUACAUGAGAGAGAUGGGGCUGAUCUACGAGUUUUCUCUGCAGUCACUAGCUGCUGGUAAAAUGUCUGCUCUCCCUGGUUUGGCGGCUGAAAUGCUGUUGGAUGGAUGUCCUUUAGAGCUCUUGGAUGGAGAUGCUUCCAACAUCCCAGAAAGAUGGGUGACAGAUGUGCUGACGGAGCUUCACAAGAAGGUUGGAGAGAAGAGCAGACUGCUGGUACUGACUGUGUUGGGUGUUCAAAGUAGUGGGAAGUCAACACUCCUCAACACCAUGUUUGGUGUGCAGUUUCCUGUCAGCAGCGGCAGAUGCACAAGAGGAGCUUACAUGCUCUUCCUCAAAGUAUGUGAGGACAUGCAGUCUAAGCUGAACUGUGACUUUAUAGUCCUCAUUGACACAGAGGGUCUCAAGUCUCCUCGUUUGGCUCAACUAGAGGACAGCUAUGAACAUGACAACCAGCUGGCUACCUUUGUCAUUGGUUUAAGUGAUGCUACCAUCAUCAACAUUGCAAUGGAGAACUCAACAGAAAUGAAAGAUGUCCUGCAAGUUGCCAUUCAUGCUUUCUUGAGAAUGAAGCAAAUUGGUAAAAAGCCAGUUUGUCAUUUUGUGCACCAGAAUGCUGCUGGAGUUUCAGCUCAUGAAAAGACCCAACCAGAAAGAAAGCAACUCUUUGACCAACUCAAUGAAAUGACUCAGAUUGCAGCUGAAAUGGAAAGGCACCCUUCCAUACAGAAAUUCACAGAUGUGCUGGACUAUGACGUGGAAAAAAACAACUGGAACAUCCCAGGACUCUGGCACGGGACCCCACCAAUGGCACCGGUGAACACAGGUUACAGUGAAGCUGUGGCAGAUUUCAAGAAAAACCUUUUGGAGACAAUGAAAAGAGACCGAAGUGAUCAGGUUUCACAGAUCCCAGAGUUUUUAGAAUGGAGGAGAAGUCUGUGGAAAGCAGUCAAAUAUGAGAACUUCAUCUUCAGUUUCAGAAACACUCUUGUGGCUCAAGCGUACGACAACCUUUGCAAGGAGUUCAGUCAAUGGGAAUGGGACUUCAGAAAAGAGAUUCUCCGCUGGCAAAAUGAGGCAGAGUUAGAAAUCCUAAAUGCAGACAACAAAUUAGAACUCCAUGAUAUGAAUGAACCGAUUAAAUCAAAAGAAUUGCAGACGUUGGACAAAAUAGCAGACCAAGAGACAAAAAUGAAGAAGAAACUUGAGGAAUAUUACAAAAGGACAGACAGACAUGUGCAUCUGAUAGAGAAAUACAAGACUGACUUUUUCAAAAGUAUUGAAAGUCUUGCAAAGGAAAACAAUCAUUCAGUCAAAGAUAAACUGAAAAGCGCACUUGAGCUAAGAAAAAGUUCAAAAGAGGCUGAAGACAUUCAAAGAAAACACAGAGAAACGAUUGAAGAACAAGUUAUGAAACUCCUGAGCGACUGCAAACACCACAAACUGUCUGAAGACGAACUGAAACGUGAGUUUGAAACGAUGUGGACUGAGGUCACUGCAAAUGUGUCUGGCCUGAAAGAACAAGAUAUCUCUAAAAGAAUCCUCUGCCAGCUCAGAGAACAUUUCUUCAACCGUAAUGUCAAUGAGGAUUUACAGAAAAUUGGAAAUCUGAAAGACAUUGGGAAGGAUCCAUUUAAGGUCAAAAGUGAACAUAUAAAUGAACACAAGUUUGUCAGCUUCUUUAACAAACAGAUCAUGGGAAAAGAUACAGAGAGAGAACUGCAGAUCUUUGCAGACCGAGUCAUUGAGUCUUGCACACGGUUUGUAUGUGAUACUGCUAAAACCAACAAAGAUUACAGCGACUGUUUCACAAAGGAGCUUCUGGAAAAAGUAGAUGGAUCCCUGAAACAAUCCUUCAAGGGUUGUGAGUUUGAGUUUGACCUGAAGCUUCACAUGUGUGGCAUUGCCUCCAGAGAGUUCCAGAAAAUGCACAAGAACUUUUUGUCAGAAAGGGACCCCAAACUUCAGCUGGAGAAGCUCAAGCCUCAGUACUUGUCAGAUUUUCUUGAUUUGUAUGAAGAGAGAGAUGACUGCCAACGCAAAGCAGAUGCUUUUGUCAGACUUUGCAUCAGACCUGCUGUUGAGGGUUACAUCAGUCGAUCUCUGGGAACUGAGAUCGUGCAUGAAAUGUUAACAAGUUUCCGUUCAGCAGACUACAGUUCCCGCCAUCAGUUCCAGUACAACAUUCAGGAAGAGCUGAUGCAAAAGGACAACUUUGACAGCUUUGUCAAGUACAUCUGUAGCUAUGAAAUAUAUGUUAAGGACUGGAUAUUUCAGCAGAUCCUGAAAGCAAUGUAUAAGGACCAAACUUUGAACAAACUGAAGAAGAAGAUUUUGCAGGCCAUCAUGAAAAAGAUAAGAGAUGCAUUUGAACAGGCCUCAAAAGGAGAGGAAGGUGAUCUGCUGCCUGAUAACAAGGACAGCAUCACAGAGCUCAUCAAAAACACACGCAAACAUUUGAUUAAAGACAUCUCAAUUUCAGAGGAGGCUGAAAAGACGGCCCUGUUUAAAAUCCAAAGCACAUUCCAUCCAUUUAGAAAGAGCCUCACUGAAUCUCUGAGGGAAGAGGAGGAACAGCUGCAAGAGGAAUUCUUAAAGUCUGGAGGCAUCACUGAGAUGCUGAACAAACUUCCAAACAAACCACAGGAUGAGCUUUUCAAGCAGAUGUUUGGCUGUGGACGACAAUGUCCAUUUUGUAAAGCUCCUUGUGAGGCUGGAGGCAAAGAACACAAGCAACAUCACGCAUGUCUUCAUCGGCCACAAGCUCUUGGUAGCUGUAGGUAUGAAUACACUGAGAAGCUGGUUGAAACACUUUGUACAACUUCUGUGCACAGUGAAAGUAGAUUCAGAAACUCAGACACUAAACAUGAGUGGCAUCCUUACAAGGAGUACAGAACAUACUAUCCAGACUGGGACAUUCCUCCAGACCCCAGCAUGGAGGCAUCUGACUACUGGAAGUACGUCCUGGUAAAAUACAAUGACAGAUUUGCUGAACGAUACAAAGCCAAGCCAGCUGAUGUUCCAAAGGCCUGGAGGAGCAUCACAAAGGAACAAGCACUGAAAGGGUUAAAAGAUGCCUUCAACAAGAACUGAAUAACAAACAGUCCAUGUAAAGAUCUACAAACAAAUCAUAUACAAAAAUACUUUGGAGAAGACAUGUUGGGGCCUUCAGAAUCAGAAGAAGACCAAUCAGUCAAAUGAAACACAAAUCAAUAGACUGAAUUGAUGAGAUCAGCUGGAUUCAUUAUGUUUGCUUAUAAAACUACAAAUCUUCCUUUUGAAUCCUUUGUGAACCUGAUGAGUGAUGAGGUUACAUGAAGCCUUUAAUCCUUUUCUCUCAGUGUUUGUUUUACAGAUGACAAAUGUUUAUUUUCCUUGUUUCAUUUCUCUUGGUGCUCCUGCAUGAUGACAGUCAGAAACUGAUGAUGUGCUACAGAGAUCAUUUCAGCUCUGAAUUUUGGUUAAAGUCUUUUGUUUUUCCUUUUAAAGAUGAGAUGUGCAACAUGUAUGACAGUGUGCACGUGAUGCUGAAGAUGAUGAUGAUGAUGAUGAUGAUGUACUUCAAAGACCAUGAAAAAGUUAUUUUCUUAUUUGUCGUUAAUGUUUGUUCAUGAUUCCAGUCUUAAUUUUUAUUUUUCUAGUCACAGUUGGUUUUCGUGUUAACUGCAGAUCAAAGUUUUACAAAGAAAAUAGAGGAAUUAAAAUACAAGUCAGUGAACUUCAGUGCUGACUUUGUUAUAGACUUUUAAAUACUCACAGCUUUUAUCUUGAUUUAUUCUUUUUCAAUAAUAUUUUUAUCAAACUAACACAAUGAUGUUAGCCAUGUGAUGAGAUUAUGUUUUCUCAUGUCAUGUUUCAUUUUUAUGGUUUUAUUUCUUCAGAAUGGACAGUAAAUAAAUCAGUUUUAGUUGGUUUGUUUGAGACUUUGUGCUUCAUGUGCAAAUCCCUUCACAUGUUGGAACGAAUUCAUUUUGAUUUUUCUUCUUUCAGACAGAUGACAAUGAAUAAGACGAAUAAGAAAUGUGUGUUGAUGUAACUGACUUUGUUCCACAUGAUUAAAACAAGAGGAAAACAAGAGAACACUUGAGAACAUUCA